CCCGGAGAUAUGACGCGUGAUCAAGCCUCCUUUAUUUAGGCCUUGGUCACUUGGAAUUUCCGCUCGCUAACUAGCUAGCUUAGCAGGCGAUGCUUCCUGCGGUAGACACUGCUGUGCCUGGUUCGCAAAUAAAAACAAAAGUUUGUACCGAACCUGGCUGUGUAAAGACUGCAUUAAAUGUAUUUUUGUGAUGUUUCUUUUGACCUCAUAAUGUUGGUAAAGGCACAUGUAGAAAGGAUCUUUACAUAGAUAUGAGUCUAAGUUAUUUUGUGUAGCGAACGUUAGCUAACUCAGCUAACCUGGCUGAAGUGAAGUGUAGCAGGUUAGCUGCUAGCAUUCAGCAGAUACAGCAAGCUGGCUGAAACCGAAGUUCACCAAGUCUGAAGUUAGGUCACGAAAGUAUGUCAGACUCAGACAGUGACGAGGACCAAGAUCGCCCUUUCUCUCUAACUGGCUUCCUCUUUGGAAACAUCAACGAAGAUGGACAGCUGGAGGACGACAGUGUUCUGGACAAUGAGUCCAAAAAGCAUUUGGCUGGUUUGGGUACUCUGGGUCUGGGCUCACUCAUCACAGAGAUCACUGCCAAUGAGGAGGGUGAUCAAGAUGAGAGCAGAGACUCUGGUAGUGUUGAUGAAGAUGGUUGGGUGAAAAGCACGGAAGAUGCAGUCGAUUAUUCUGACAUCAAUGAGGUUGCUGAGGAUGAGACAAAGAAGUACCGUCAGGCUAUGGGGUCACUGCAGCCCAGCAGGACAACAGAUGAUGAGGAUGACUAUGAUGCUGACUGCGAGGAUAUUGAUUCUAAGCUCAUGCCUCCUCCGCCACCACCAACUCUUCCUACAGCUGCUAAGAAAGAGGAGCCCUCCUCUCAGGGCACGAAUGUUGGGGAAGAGGGUGACGGCAUCAUCCUGCCCUCUAUCAUCGCGCCAUCCUCUACGGCUGAUAAGGCCGACUUCAGCAGCUCCUCAGACUCUGAGUCAGAAACCGACCGUCCCUGCCAGGGCUCGGGGGCUGGAGGCCCCCCAGAUAGUCUCACCCUCCCUCUUGCUGGCAUCAUGCAGAAAGAUGCUGCCAAAGCGCUGCCAGGUGUCACAGAGCUCUUCCCAGAGUUUAGGCCUGGAAGGGUGCUUCGGUUCUUACGGCUUUUUGGUCCUGGAAAGAACAUGCCAUCAGUUUGGAGGAGUGCCCGCAGGAAGAAGAAGCGAAAGCACCGUGACCCUCAGCCUGGGACGCCUCCUCCGGAAGGAGAGCCCACAGAGCAAAGCCAGGAGAAAAAGUCUGGGUGGCUUUACGAGUAUGCACUCCCUCCACCCCCAGAGCAGUGUCUCUCUGAUGAUGAGAUAACCAUGAUGGCUCCAGUAGAAUCAAAGUUCUCGCAAACUUGUGGUGAUGGGGACAAGGAGGCAGAGUCUCGACCUAAAGUAGCAGAAUGGAGAUACGGUCCAGCCCAGCUCUGGUACGACAUGCUAGGUGUCACUGAGGAUGGAAGCAACUUCAACUACGGCUUCAAGCUAAAAGAAGAGCAGACCGAUGAGCCUCAUCAACAGGACACGCCUGAGGAAAUAACUGAGACUGCACAUGGGUUUCUGAGGCGUGAAGACGACGACAGUGAUGCUAAUGAUGAUGGAGAUAAGGACAGAUCAGCCCUUGAGAAUGAGCUCUUCCUGAUGGUCACUCAACUGAAAUGGGAGGACGAUAUUAUCUGGAAUGGGGAGGACGUAAAACACAAGGGCACAAAGACUCAGCGAGCCAGCCUGGCAGGGUGGCUGCCCUCUAGCAUGACCCGCAAUGCCAAUGCUUAUAAUGCACAGCAGGGUCUGACGAGAAGUAAUUCCCAAUUGGUGCCGCCUACGCCUCCACCCAUGCCCAAACUUUCUUCAAUCUCUGGCUCUAAGCGGGAAAAAAACAGCCACGAUAAUCAAGCCUCUCAUGAAGAAGACUCUCCCUGGUUCUCCAUCUUCCCUAUUGACAGCGAGGAGUUGGUGUAUGGCCGCUGGGAAGAUAACAUCAUCUGGAACGACCAGGAGAUGGAUCACAUGCUCAUGCCACCUGUUCUUACGCUGGAUCCCAAUGAUGAAAAUAUCAUCCUAGAAAUCCCUAAUGAAAAGGAGGACUUGACUUCCCACUCCCCAUCAAAGGAGAACAAGAAGGAAACGGCAAUCAAAAAGAGCCGCAUCCUGCUGGGGAAGACCGGGGUGAUAAAAGAUGAGCCACAGCAGAACAUGUCCCAGCCUGAAAUGAAGGACCCGUGGAACCUCUCCAAUGAUGAGUUCUACUAUCCUAAACAGCAGGGCUUGAGGGGGACGUUCGGUGGCAACAUCAUUCAGCACUCUAUCCCAGCACUGGAGCUGAGGCAGCCCUUCUACCCGACUCACAUGGGGCCCAUGAAGCUGCGCCAGUUUCAUCGACCGACUCUGAAGAAGUACUCAUUUGGAGCUCUGGCUCAGCCGGGUCCCCACGCUGUCCAGCCGCUGCUCAAACACAUUAAGAAGAAGGCCAAGAUGCGAGAGCAGGAGCGGCAGGCAUCAGGAGGAGGAGACAUGUUCUUCAUGCGAACCCCGCAGGACUUGACUGGUAAAGAUGGAGAUCUGAUCCUGGCAGAGUACAGUGAGGAAUACGCCCCUCUCAUCAUGCAAGUUGGCAUGGCCACUAAGAUCAAAAACUACUACAAAAGGAAACCUGGAAAGGAUCCUGGAGCACCGGACUGCAAAUAUGGAGAGACCGUGUACUGCCACACAUCCCCUUUCCUUGGUUCUCUUCAUCCUGGACAGCUGCUCCAGGCAUUUGAAAACAACCUCUUUCGUGCUCCAAUCUACCUGCACAAGAUGCCAGAGACUGAUUUCUUGGUACUACGAACGCGACACGGCCUCUACAUCAGAGAGAUUGUGGACAUAGUUGUAGCUGGUCAGCAGUGUCCCUUGUUUGAGGUUCCAGGGCCCAACUCCAAACGAGCCAACACUCACAUCAGAGACUUCCUACAGGUGUUCAUUUACCGCUUGUUCUGGAAGAGCAAGGACCGGCCCCGGAGAAUCCGCAUGGAGGACAUAAAGAAAGCUUUUCCGUCACACUCGGAGAGCAGCAUCAGGAAACGACUAAAACUCUGUGCUGACUUCAAACGUACAGACAGGAAUCUGAGCAGGAAAAGAGCUAUUUACACCUACUAUGGAUUUAACUCUACAGGGAUGGACUCUAACUGGUGGGUGCUGAAGCCUGACUUCAGAUUGCCUACAGAGGAAGAGAUCAGGGCCAUGGUGUCUCCAGAGCAGUGCUGCGCUUACUAUAGCAUGCUGGUGGCGGAGCAGAGACUAAAGGACGCUGGAUAUGGUGAGAAAUCCUUCUUUGCGCCAGAGGAGGAGAACGAAGAGGACUUUCAAAUGAAGAUUGACGAUGAGGUGCGGACAGCCCCUUGGAACACAACAAGAGCCUUCAUUUCUGCGAUGAAGGGGAAAUGCCUGUUGGAAGUUACAGGCGUGGCCGAUCCCACAGGCUGUGGAGAGGGUUUCUCCUACGUCAAAGUGCCCAACAAGCCCACUCAGCAGAAGGAUGACAAAGAACCACAGCCUGCCAAGAAGACAGUGACGGGGACCGAUGCUGACCUGAGGAGACUCUCGCUGAAGAAUGCCAAGCAGCUGCUGCGCAAGUUUGGUGUUCCAGAGGAAGAGAUCAAGAAGCUCUCACGUUGGGAGGUGAUUGACGUGGUGAGAACCAUGUCCACAGAGCAGGCGCGUUCAGGCGAGGGACCCAUGAGCAAGUUUGCCAGAGGCUCUCGUUUCUCCGUUGCGGAACACCAGGAGCGCUACAAGGAGGAGUGCCAGAGGAUCUUUGACCUGCAGAACAAAGUGUUGGAGUCGACAGAGGUGCUCUCGACAGACACAGACAGCAGCUCAGCAGAGGACAGUGACUUUGAGGAGAUGGGGAAGAACAUUGAGAACAUGCUGCAGAACAAGAAGACCAGCUCCCAGCUGUCCCGCGAGAGGGAGGAGCAGGAGAGGAAGGAGCUGCAGAGGAUGCUGAUGGGCGAGGAGAGCGACCGGGACCACAAGGGACGCAAGGAACGGCGCAAAGGCUUGUCCAGCUCCUUAUCCACCAGCUCCCACAAGGAUGACGACACGUCCUCCGUCACCAGCCUAAACUCCUCGGCCACGGGACGGCGACUCAAGAUCUAUCGCACCUUCAGGGACGAGGACGGCAAGGAAUACGUCCGUUGCGAGACGGUACGCAAGGCUUCCGUCAUCGACGCCUACACCAGGAUCAGAAACACUAAGGAUGAUGAUUUCAUACGAAAGUUUGCCCUCUUCGAUGAGCAGCACAGAGAAGAGAUGAGGAAGGAGCGCCGGCGUAUUCAGGAGCAGCUGAGGAGGCUGAAGAGGAACCAAGAGAAGGACAAGAUCAAGGGACCUCCAGAGAAGAAGGCCAAGAAGGUUAAAGAGAGGCCAGACCUCAAGUUAAAGUGCGGAGCAUGUGGCGCCAUUGGACACAUGAGGACCAACAAGUUCUGCCCGCUGUACUAUCAGACCAACGCCCCGCCUUCUAACCCUGUCGCCAUGACAGAGGAGCAGGAGGAGGAGCUGGAGAAGACCGUCAUCCACAACGACAACGAGGAACUGAUCAAGGUGGAGGGCACCAAGAUCGUGCUGGGCAAACAGCUCAUUGAGAGUGCCGAUGAGGUGCGCAGAAAGUCUUUAGUGCUCAAGUUCCCCAAGCAACAGCUCCCACCAAAGAAGAAGAGACGUGUGGGCAACGCUGUGCACUGUGACUACCUCAAUAAACCACACAAGGCCAUCCACCGCAGACGCACUGACCCCAUGGUUACCUUGUCUUCUGUGCUAGAGAGCAUCAUCAACGACAUGCGGGAUCACCCCAAUACAUAUCCAUUCCACACACCAGUGAAUGCCAAGGUAGUGAAGGACUACUAUAAGAUCAUCACGCGGCCCAUGGACCUGCAGACGCUGAGGGAGAAUGUACGUAAGCGAAUGUACCCAUCAAGGGAGGAGUACCGUGAAGCAGUGGAAGUUAUCGUCAAAAACAGCGCCACCUACAACGGGGCAAAACAUCCAAUCACACAGGUAGCACAGUCCAUGCUGGACCUGUGCGACGCUAAACUGAAAGAGAAGGAGGACAGGCUAGUGAGGCUGGAGAAAGCCAUCAACCCCUUGCUGGAUGACGAUGAUCAGGUGGCCUUCUCCUUCAUCCUGGACAACAUUGUGACCCAGAAAAUGAUGGUGGUUCCCGAUUCAUGGCCGUUUCACCAUCCUGUCAACAAAAAGUUUGUGCCCGAUUAUUACAAGGUGAUCGUAAGCCCCAUGGAUCUGGAGAGCAUCCGCAAGUAUAUCUCCAAACACAAAUACCAGAACCGAGAUGCGUUCCUUUCAGACGUCAGUCUCAUCCACGCCAACAGUAUCAAGUACAAUGGCCCAGACAGUCCUUACACCAAGACAGCCCUGGAUAUCGUCAAUGUGUGCAAGCAAACGUUGGCAGAGUACGACGAGCACUUGACCCAGCUGGAGAAGGACAUCUCUACUGCUAAAGAGGCCGCUCUGGAUGCAGCAGACUUGGAAUGUCUGGACCCAAUGACGCCCGGGCCGUACACACCGCAGCCUGCUGAUCUGUUUGACAGCGGGGCUUCAGGGAGUCUGCCCAGAGAGACCAGCAGCCUUUUCUCUGAGGGACCUCUAGUGGUUGCUCCAGAGAAGAGAGGGGGGCAGGGUCGCCACGGCAGAAGACCCGGGGAGGAAGAGUCAGAUGUGGACAUUGAAGGCUUUGAGGAGGACGAUGAUGGCAAACCCAAAACUCCUGCUCCUGCAGAGGACGCAGACGGAGACCUAGAGGACGACGAUGAUGACGAGGACAUGUUGCUGCCGCCUCGCAGACAAAUGCACGACCAUGAGGAAGAGGAGGAGGAGGAGGAAGAUGACGGGAUGUCUAACCAUCCACCCCAAGCCAGCGUGCUGUACCAGGACCUGCUCAUGUCUGACGGAGAGGACGACGCCAGCGAAGAGGAGGGCGACAACCCUUUCUCCUCCAUACACCUGUCGGAGAGUGGUAGCGACUCUGACAGAGAGUUGGACGUGCGACCUGCACCUCCACGGAGAGCUCAAGAGACGGCCCGCAUGGGCAUGGAGCAGGACGAGAGCAUGAUGUCAUAUGAAGCGGACGGGCCUGAUGAGCCUCACAUGGAAGACAGUAAUGUCAGUUAUGGCAGCUAUGAGGAGACACAGAGCCGGAGUCAGAUGCAGCCCUUGAACAUGGGAAACGGAGAAGACUACGGCAUCAGCGAAGAGGAGGAUGAAGAUGAGGAUAUUGAAGCACAGAGGAGAGGCCCAGCUGUGCUCUCCAAGGUUCAGCUCAGUGAAGACGAGGAGAGCGAAGAAUUCAGAUCUAUAGGGGGAGACAGCGACAUGGACUCUGACAACUAGUUAAAUGACAUUUUUCAUCCGCAGUAUUAAGAAAACACUGUCUAUGAUCACAGUUUUAAAAUGGAGAAGGAAAACAUGUUGUACAUACUUAUUUUGUAAAUGAUAGUUAAUGUUUAUAGCUUCCUGCUCUACUUAGUUCUGUUGUACCUACAGUAUAGGGACAUGCAGCACAUUGUAAAUUUCAGUUUGCCUUUUAUAUGUUCAAUGAAUAUUAUGUACCAUGAUGUAUCUUGUCAUGGAAGUGUGUGUGUGUACAGUUGUUUUGUACCGUUUUAACUCAAUCAUAUCCUGCGCUCACUAAUAGUUCAGCAACUCUGCUUUUUCUAUCCCAGUGCCUGAUUAAAAAAUUUAAUAAACACACUGAAGUUUCAACCUGCA